AGGCUUGAGAUUUGUUCUUUCUCUGGUCACAGAAUCUAUCCUGCCAAGGGUAAGACCUAUGUUCGUACUUUCAAGUUCAUCAACGGUAAGGCCGAGUCUUACUUCCUUCAACGUUUGAACCCUCGUAAGAUCAGAUGGACCGUGAUCUACCGUCGCUUGAACAAGAAGGGUAUCACCGAAGAAGUUCAAAAGAAGCGUUCUCGUCGUACCGUCAAGCACGAACGUGCUGUUGUUGGUGCCUCUUGGGAUGCUAUCCGUGCCAAGCGUAGUCAAAAGCCUGAUGCUCGUGCUGCUGCUCGUCAAGCUGCUAUUGCCAAGAGCAAGGAAGCCAAGAAGGCUGCUGCUGCUGCAAAGAAGGCCAACCCCUCUGCUGGUAACCAAGCCAAGGUCAGCAAGCAACAAGCCAAGGGUUUCGCUCCCAAGGCCGCUGCCACUUCUCGUUAAAUUGUGUGAUAAUAAAAAAUGUUGCUAAAUUUGAACAUUAAAACUAUUUUCAUUAUGUGUGUUUGCCUUCUGUGUAAUUUUAGAAUUCAUUGUGUCAUAAAUAGUUUAACCCUACGAAAAGGGAUAUUUUAUCCGAACA